GGAGAAGGCAAGGCAACUGAGCUUCCUUCUUACUAUUCUGGUUGUGUUAUGAAGAUACUGACUAUUGUGACUCAGCUCUAUGCAAGGGUGGGGUCUAGCUGGUGUUUGCUAGAGAUUAUGUUCCCCAUGACAUCCCCUCUUUAUUCUUUCUUUUUUGUUUCUUAUGUGGAUGUUCAAAAACAGGAACAAAAGUUUUUGGAUUAUUUCUAAGGAACAUAGCAAGUAAAAAAAAUGACAGAAAAUGACAGGUGCACAAAUGUAGAGAAAUAUGCCGGUGAAAUUAAGGGUGGACUGAGGCCAACUAUGAAAAUCACUAUCAUGGGCAUGAUAUAUCCUAGUCCGAAAAGUUUUUCAGUGGCUUUACUUUGUGACCCCAAGGAUGAUCACACAACCAGGGAUAUUGGAUUAUUACUUGUAGUCAGCUUUAGUGAGAAAUCCAUUGUGCGAAAUUCGCAAAUUGCUGGGAAAUGGGGCAAGGAGGAGAAGACGAUUCCCUACUUCCCAUUUACAGCAGAGGACUCAUUUAAGAUGGAACUUUUAUGUGAACAUCAGCAAAUCCGGAUCCUGCUUGAUGGGCGUCAGUUGUGCAGUUUCAGUCACCGCGUGCAGCCCAUGCAAAGGAUGACUGUUUUGCAAAUCUCAGGCGACCUCAAGCUCACCAAGGUGGCUUGAAGAAAAUAAUAAAUCAAAAAUGCUCUUCCCAAUGUUGAGCUACAGCACUCAGCAAUCCUAGGCAAAAUGACUAACUACAAAAGAUACUAGGAGUUUUAACCCAACGUCUGGAGGGUCAUAAAUUCUCCAACUCUGUAAUAAAUAAUUCCAUAUCAUUACUGCUUUAUGGCAAAAGUGCUUUUUCUUUAUUUCUUUCCUUUCUUUGUCUUUAUGUAUGCCUCUUGAAAUGUUUGUCUGUUAUGUAAAGAUUCUUAAGAUUCUCCUCCCCCCCCUCUCCCACCAACAAAUUUUAAAUAUUAUUUUUCACUUUAGCUCACAAUUCUGGGAGUCUUGCAGGUCUAUUCUGUUACUGUUGAUUGCAAGCUUUUGGAUGAGAGAGCUGCAGAUGCACAGAGAUUUUAUAGUAAUUUCUAAAAGAAAGACAACUAGUUAUAUGCAAAAGAUGUUUUCAGCAUAUUUUUUUUAAAAAAGUGAAGUAAGCUACACUAUAUUAAUUGGAGCUUGUUUCCAGGUAAAUCUGUAUGCCAUAUUGAAAAAAAUGAAAAUAAAAUAAUUGUGUGUAAUUAUCUCUAU